GGUCAGCCUAACUGAAAGCUCAUACUGAUCUGUCAAAAUCUAUGGCAGAGUGCCAGAUCUAACUUACAUAAGCAAGAGGAACCUACCUAGUGAGAAGAAAGAAGGACAAGUCAGAGCAUCAGAAAGAAGUGAGGAGAAAUUGGCUGUAUAACAAGGAGUCUGAAAGAGUUGGAUUGAUGAACGGGGCUCUGAUUGCAGGCACGCCCAUAGCAGUGGAUUUCUGGAAUAUAAGAAAAGCUAGCCAAGCUCGCUUAUUCUUUCUUUCUCACAUGCACAGUGACCAUACAGUGGGCCUUUCUAGCACCUGGAGCCAGCCUAUCUAUUGUUCUCCUAUUACUGGUCAAAUCUUGCAUUUGAAAUUGAAGGUUGCUGAGUGCUGGAUCCACCCUCUUGAAGUGGGGGAGAGCCACGUCAUGCCUAUGGAUGACACUGGCCAAGAAACUAUGACUGUGACCUUGAUAGAUGCUAACCAUUGUCCUGGAUCUGUCAUGUUUCUCUUUGAAGGCUACUUCGGUGUCAUCCUCUACACAGGUGAUUUUCGUUACAAUCCUGACAUGCAGCAGGAGCCAGCUCUGAAGAACACAAAACUGAUCAAUGUUCUCUACUUGGACACUACCAACUGCCAUCCUGAGCUUAUCCUACCAUCCCGGCAGAAGGCCACUGAGCAAAUCAAAGAGCUGAUCAGGGCCCACCCCUGUCACCUGGUUAAAAUUGGUACCUACACUUUGGGAAAGGAGUCCCUCUUGGUACAGCUAGCUCAAGAAUUUGGCACUUGGAUUGUGGUGAGUCCUAGGAAGCUUGAAUUGAUGAAGCUACUGGGGCUGGAGAAUGUGUUCAGAACUGAGGAAGAGGCUGGUUGGAUUCAUGUUGUGGAUUUUUCAGAAAUCUGCCAAACAAAUAUGAUCCGCUGGAACCAGAGGCAUCCAACCAUAGCUAUCCUCCCCACCAGUCGGCCAGUGAAGAUCAGUCACCCUGAUGCCCACAUUGUUCCUUACUCAGACCACUCAUCUUUCCAAGAGUUGCUGCAGUUUGUGGCUUGGCUGAAGCCCUGUUCCAUAAUCCCAGUAGUGAAGACGGCAGAAUGUCAGAAAUAUUUCAGGCAGUACUUGAGAUCGGAAAAUGAGUCACUUAAGGAGUCCAAAGUACCUGAAUCGGUGAAAAGAUUCAUGCAGCUACCAAGCAAGAGGCAGGAAAGGCCCUCAAAGAUACUAAAACUAACUUCCUGUUGCCAAGUUCCAAAGGGGGUUUUGUUUGAAGAUAGCCAGGAUGCAGAGGUUUCCCAGCAAAGCUGCCCAAAGCCCCUGAAGAAAUCUCUGCCUUAUUCUAAAGGAAGGUGUUCUGGGUACUCUCUGGGUAGAGGGAAGCAGACAAUAAUGAUGGUAAAACCUCAAAAACUGGAGGACCAGAGUGGACAUUCUCCAGUGCAGUCUGAUGUGACAUCUAUCAAACAUCAGUCAGAGGACAAGAUUGCUGAUCCGUUCCAAAAACAUGAGACGAGUGUAACAUCAAAGCACACACUGCCCUGUUUUGAAGUGGUUGUCAGGACUCCUUGUUCCAGCUUGGGGGGUGACAAUCAUCUUUGCCAAGUAGGCUUGGAAGACUGUGUCCCCUCAGCAACACUGCACCCUGUUCAAAAUGACAUCAAUGACACACAUGGCUCCCAAAAGGACAUGGUGUUCCAGCCUACCAAUGCUCCAGGGAGCCUUCUUCAGAAGUAUGACUUUUCUCCGUUGAACAGCUCAAAGCAUUGGACCCUUCAAACCUUUGACCAGCAAGUGGAAAACUACUUAAAAAGAGGGAGGGCCCAAAUGCAAGAAGUAGAGCAAACUUUCAUUCAGGCUAAGAAUUCAUAGUAGAAGCAAAACUACCCGCAAAGAGGUUUUGUGGUAUGAUAGUCUGGGUUUUUUUGUGUCAAGUUAGAGAGAGCCUUUGUCCUUUAACUGACACUCAGCUACUCUCAACAUUCCCUUCCUUCUGGAUCAU